AUGCAACAUCCUCAUGAAAUAGUUGAUAUGUUUAAUGAAUUUAAAUCUACAUAGACAAAUUUGUUGAAUGUGAAAGAGUUUUUAGAUUUACUAUAAGAAUCUGGAUUGAAUAAAAGCUGUUAAUUGUUAUAUAAGAAAUUACAAAAGAAAAAAAUGGAUAAUUUGAAUUUGAAUUAAUUUGCUGAAUGUUUUCAUUAUGAUGCUAAUGAUUAUGAAAACUUUAAGAUGUUAUUUUAAAUAAUGGAUACUAGUAAUUCUUAAAAGAUUAGUAAAUAGGAAUUAAAAAAAUAAUGUGAUAUUUUGGGUAUUAAUAUAUAUAUAUAUAUAUAUAGAAAUGGGAUUUAGUGAUAAAGAUAUAGAUAUAAUGAUUAAUUAAAUUGGAAGUGAUGAAUAAAAUGUAGUAUCAAGUGAUAAAUUAUGGAGUGUAUUACAAUAAUAUAAAAAUCAUGAUUAUUGA